AUGACGUUUCUGGUUCUUUUGCUUUUGUUUGUAAUUGGAACCGCAGAGACACAGGCUGAUUUUUCUAGCGUUACUCCUGGAACAACAUAUGAUGUGACAGUUUCUUCAGUUUCUUCUUCAGCAUACAGUUCACCAGUCAGUAGAACAGUGACAACUAACGUAACCUAUCCAGGACCCCCGGUUUUCCUUGCCGGUGAAAAAGUAGGAUCUGCAGGAAUUCUGCUCUCUUGGAAUGUACCCCCACAUCCAAAUGGGAGGAUUAUAUCCUAUAUUGUUAAAUAUAAGGAGGUCUGCCCAUGGAUGCAAACAACUUAUACCCAAGUAACAACAAAACCAGAUAGUUUGGAAGUUCUUCUCACCAGUCUUAACCCUGGAACAACUUAUGAAAUUAAGGUUGCUGCUGAGAACAGUGCUGGCAUUGGAGUAUUUAGUGAUCCUUUUCUCUUUCAAACUGCAGAAAGUGCUCCAGGUAAAGUGGUGAAUCUCACAGUUGAGGCCUUAAAUUAUUCGGCUGUAAAUCUGAUAUGGUUUCUGCCUCAACAACCAAAUGGAAAGAUAACCAGUUUCAAGAUUAGUGUGAAACAUGCAAGAAGUGGAACUAUAGUGAAAGAUGUUUCUGUUAAAGUGGAGGACAUCCUAUCUGGGAGGCUACCAGAAUGUAAUGAAAACAGUGAAUCAUUUUUGUGGAGUACUACCACCCCUUCAACUACUUUUGGCAAAUCUACAUUUCCUUCACGGGCUAUGUUUACACCAAGUACAGUAGCACCUAGUCAAAUGAGCUCUGUCUGGAAUGAACCUAUUAGUUUUGUUGUGACUCAUCUUAGACCAUACACCACUUAUCUUUUUGAAGUCUCUGCCGUUACCACUGAAGCAGGUUAUAUUGACAGCACAAUUGUCAGGACACCAGAAGCAGUUCCAGAAGAUCCACCCCAGAAUUUUGCCAAAGGCAACAUUACCGGAAAGUCCUUCUCAGUGUCUUGGGAACCACCAACCAUAGUAACUGGAAAGUUUAGUUACAGAGUUGAGUUAUAUGGACCGUCUGGUUAUAUUCUAGAUAACAGCACAAAAGAUCUUACAUUCAAAUUUGGUAAUCUAACACCAUUUGCAAUCUAUGAUGUGUAUGUUGCUGCUGAGACAAGUGCUGGGAUGGGGCCUAAAUCUCAUUUAACAGUUUUCACUCCUCCAGAAGUUCCAAGUGCUGUAUCUGAUUUACAGCUAGCAGAAGUAGAAGCCACUCUCAUAAGAAUUGCAUGGAGGAAACCAGAACAUCCAAAUGGAGUCAUUACCCAAUAUAGGGUUAAAGUGUUAGCUCAGGACACAGGAGUGACUGUGGAAAACACAAUUCUCACAGCGAAAGUUCAGCACUCGAUGGAUUCUGUGGAUCCAGAUAUGUUAAAUGAAAAUAUCCAAUCUACUUUCACUUGGGAUACAGUAGAAACAGCCACUGGAUUAUAUGAAGGCUCAACUGAGAUGUUUCCCAUGAUACAAACAGUUUCUUCACUUUUUUCCCUUUUAACCACAGAUAACCAGUAUGUUAUCAUUUCAUCUGAACAGCUGUCAUAUACAAUAAAAGGACUUAUACCUUUCACAGAAUAUACAAUCAGUGUAUCUGCUUUCACCAUAAUUGGAGAAGGGCCUCCAGCUGUUCUCACUUUUAGCACACCUGAACAAGUUCCAAGCUCAGUGCAAAAUAUUUAUUAUAAAAAUAUUAGUUCAUCAUCUGUUUUGCUGUAUUGGGAUCCUCCAGCAAAUCCUAAUGGAAAAAUCACUCAUUAUACAAUUUAUGCAAUGGAACUGGACACGAAGAGAGCAUUUCACAUGACAACUACAAACAAUAGCUUCCUUAUAACAGGUCUGAAAAAGUACACAAAUUAUAAAAUGAGAGUAGCAGCUUCCACCACAGUGGGAGAAAGUGCUCUGUCUGAAGAGAACGAUAUUUUUGUGAGAACACCUGAAGAUGAACCGGGCUCCCCACCCCAGAAUGUAGAGGUAUUAGAUGUAACUGCAACAGGAAUAUACUUGAGAUGGUCACCACCAGAGCAACCUAAUGGGAUCAUAACUCAUUACGAAGUUCUGUACAAUUAUGCCAAUGACUUAUUUAUUAAAAAUACCUCAGCUACAAGUAUUUUUUUAAAUGGCAUGAAACCAUACACUCUCUACAACAUUUCCAUAAGGGCUUUCACUAGACUUGGCCAUGGGAAUCAGUCAUCAUUUCCGCUGCCUGUCAGAACUUCUGAAACUGUUCCUGAUAGUGCACCAGAAAACAUAACCUACAGGAACAUCUCAUCUACAGAAGUCGAGUUAUCAUUUUUUCCACCAUCUGUUCCCAAUGGGAUUAUACAGAAGUACACUGUAUAUCUCAGGAGGAUUAAUGGAACUGAGCUAAGAAUCAUAAACACUACUCUUCUGACGAUAAGUAUUACAAGUUUAAAGAAAUAUACCAAAUAUACAGUUGAGGUGUCUGCAAGCACUAGCAAGGGUGAAGGGAUUCAUAGUGCACCUCUAAACAUACUGACUAAUGAAGAUGCUCCUAGUUCACCUCCACAGUCCCUCUCUGUAAAACAGUUGUCGGGUGUCACUGUGAAGUUGUCAUGGAAACAACCACUGGAGCCAAAUGGAAUUAUCCUCUAUUACACAGUUUAUGUCUGGAAUACAAUGUCAAAAAGAAGUGUUAAUGUAACAGAAACAUCACUGAUGUUCACAGACCUAGAAAAUAGUAGUGAAUACAAAGUUUAUAUAACAACAAGUACCAGAUUUGGGGAUGGAAACAUAAAAAGUAGCAUUAUAAGCUUCAGAACUUCUGAAGGAGCACCAAGUGAUCCACCAAAAGAUGUCAUGUACAGAAACCUCACUGCAUCAUCAAUAAUGGUUAUCUGGUCCCCUCCUCAAAGGCCUAAUGGGAUUAUACAAUAUUAUUCAGUUUAUUACAAAAAUAAUUCAGGAAUUUUUAUGAAGAAUUUCACCAGCCAAGACAUUGACAGUGGUGUUGACAAUAAAUCUCUGUCUGCAGUAUUAGACAAUUUGGCAAAAUGCAGCUACUAUACUGUGUGGUUAACUGCAGACACUGCCUUUGGAAAUGGAAACAAAACCAGUGAGAUAAUACACGUAUAUACAGAUCAAGAUAUUCCAGAUGGCCCUGUUGAAAGUCUGACAUAUCAAAAUGUUUCUUCAACUGCAAUAAAUGUAAGCUGGCUUCCACCAUCCCAGCCAAAUGGUAUAGUCUUCUUCCUUGUUUCACUAAGUUUAUGGGAUACACAAACAGACAGUGAGAUAUUGUCUCUCAUUACUUACAAUACAAGCAUGUUUUUGGAUAACCUGGAGAAGUACACUGACUAUAUUCUGAAAAUCAUUCCGGCAACAGUGAAGGGAUCUUCUAAAAUGCACACUGUGAAACUACACAUCAAAACUGAAGAAGAUGUCCCUGAAUCUUCACCUGUAAUCAGAACCUAUAAGAAUCUUUCAUCUACCUCAGUUAUGUUGUCCUGGAAGCCGCCUCUCCAACCAAAUGGCAUCAUAAUAAGUUAUGAUUUAAAGUUAUUUGGACCAGAAAGGAAUGAUUCUUGGUCUACCUCCAAUAAUUCUAUAAUUCUAGAAGAUCUUUUACCAUUUACACUGUAUAGUAUUUUUGCUGCUGCAAGAACUAUCAGAGGACUUGGUCCCUAUGCUACGCUUAACUUUUACACAGAUGAGUCAGUGCCAUUAGCACCUCCUCAGGAUUUGGCUAUUUUCAACUAUACUGCCUACUCUGUGUGGCUAAAAUGGAGGCCAAGUCCUCAGCCAAAUGGUGCUAUUAAGAACUAUAGUUUUAAGAUUCAAGAAAACAAGAGUCAUACCAUAUUUUAUCAGAACGUUUCAGGUUCACGCAGUGAUGCAAACCUUGUUGGACUAGAGCCAUUCAGCACCUAUUUUAUCAGUGUCUCUGCUUUUACAAGAGUUGGAAAUGGCAAUCAGUUCAGUAACAUUGUCCAAUUCACAACAAAGGAAUCAGCUCCAGAUGUUGUCCAGAAUGUUCAGUGUACUGCAACAAGUUGGCAGUCGAUUCUAGUACACUGGGACCCACCUUCUAAGUCAAAUGGAGUGAUUAUACAUUACAUCAUAAUUUUUGAAAGAAAUUCUACAAACAUUUCUGCUUCUGAUAAGGUGCAUACUUUCAGAGAUCUGCUAUCAAAUAUUUCUUACCAGUUUAAAAUAAAAGCUGCAACAUCUGCUGGUGAGGGAAAGGAACAGAUAUGCAAUGCCAGCACAUUUCCAGAAAAAGUCCCCAGUGCUCCCAGGGAUGUUGCUUUUUCCAACGUUCAAUCAACAAGUGUGACUUUGAUAUGGAGAACCCCAGAUACUAUCCUUGGCUACUUUCAAAACUACAAGAUUACUACACAGCUACGGUCCAUCCACUGCAGUGACUGGGAAAACGAUGAAUGUGUUGAAUAUGAGAAGGAGCAAUAUUCCUAUGAAACUGGUGUUGAUGACUAUAUGGAGGAGAUAGUACAUAAAUUAAAAAAAUUCAGAUGGUAUAGGUUUAAAGUUGCUGCUAGUACAAAUGCUGGUUAUGGCAACACUUCACCCUGGAUUUCUACACAAACUCUGCCUGGCUCUCCAGAUGGUCCUCCAGAAAAUGUAACUGUAGUAGUUACAUCUCCUCACAGUAUUAACAUCAGUUGGCAUGAACCUGACAUUAUUACUGGACCAACAUUCUACCUCAUAGACAUUACCUCAGUAGAUAGUGAUGAUUAUAAAGCUUCAUUUCUCAAGACAAAUUAUGAGAGUAAAACCCUGGAAAUUGCAGAUUUAAAAUCAUUCACAAGAUAUUCUGUAGUAGUCACUGCUUUUACAGGAGAUGUAAAUGCUGAACGUAUUGAAGGCAAGUCUAGUACUUCAGUAAUUGUCUCCACAUUUGAGGCAGUGCCUAAAGACCCACCUAACAACGUAACAUUUCAGAAGAUACCAGAUGAAGUAACAAAAUUCCAAGUGAUGUUUUUGCCACCAUCUGAACCCAAUGGAAAUAUUCAAGUAUAUCAAGCCAUGAUCUACAAAGAAGAUGACCCUGCUGUUGUCCAGAUUCAUAAUCUAAGUGUCAUUGACAAAACAAAUAAAUCGGUCACUGCAGUGAUAGAGGGGCUAAAAGGAGGACAUACGUAUAAUGUCAUUGUGUAUGCAAUAAAUGGUGCUGGUGCAGGGCCAAAAAUCCAACUAAAAAUAACUAUGGAUAUUAAAGAACCACCAAGACCUAAUAAGAAACCAACACCAGUUUUUGAUACUAGUGGGACUCUACUUGUUACUGCUACAACCAUUACUAUCAGAAUGCCAGUAUGUUACUAUAAUGAUGAUCAUGGACCUAUCAAGAAGAUACAAGUUCUUGUUGCAGAAGCAGGAGUUCAGCAUGAUGGAAAUGUUACUAACUGGUAUGAUGCCUACUUCAAAAAGCCCAGGCCAUAUUUUACAAAUGAAGGCUUUCCAAACCCACCCUGUACAAAAGGAAAGGAAGGACUGAGUGGCAAAGAAGAUAUGUAUGUUAUAGGUGCUGAUACUACAUGCAUGAUACCUGGGAGUGAAGAUAAAAUCUGCAACGGCCCCCUAAAACCGAGAAAGCAGUACUUAUUUAAGUUCAGAGCAACAAAUGUUAAAGGCCAGUUUACAGAUUCAGACUAUUCUGACCCUGUCAAAACUUUAGGUGAGGGACUGUCAGAAAGAGCUGUAGAAAUAAUACUUGCAGUUACUUUGUGUAUACUUUCCAUAAUUCUUCUUGUGGUGGCAAUCUAUGCUUUUGCAAGAAUCCGACAAAAGCAAAAAGAGGGAGGCACCUACUCCCCACGGGAUGCAGAAAUUAUUGACACUAAAUUCAAGCUGGAUCAGUUGAUCACAGUGGCAGACCUGGAACUGAAGGAUGAGAGAUUUACUCGGUUACUUAGUUAUAGAAAAUCCAUCAAACCAAUAAGCAAGAAAUCCUUCCUACAACAUGUUGAAGAACUUUGCACAGACAACAACCUAAAGUUUCAAGAAGAAUUUUCGGAACUUCCCAAGUUUCUUCAAGAUCUUGCUUCAACCGAUGCUGAUCUGCCUUGGAACAGGUCUAAGAAUCGCUUUCCAAACAUAAAGCCAUAUAAUAACAACAGAGUAAAGCUGAUAGCUGAUGCUGGUAUUCCAGGAUCUGAUUACAUCAAUGCCAGCUAUGUGUCUGGCUACUUGUGUCCAAAUGAGUUUAUUGCUACUCAGGGACCAUUACCAGGAACAGUGGGUGAUUUCUGGAGAAUGGUAUGGGAGACUAGAGCAAAAACGCUCGUGAUGCUUACGCAAUGUUUUGAAAAAGGACGGGUAAGAUGUCACCAAUACUGGCCAGAAGACAACAAACCAGUUACUGUGUUUGGAGAUAUAGUGAUUACCAAAUUAGUGGAAGAUAUUCACAUAGACUGGACUAUCAGGGAUCUAAAAAUUGAAAGGCAUGGGGAUUGUAUGAUGGUACGUCAGUGUAACUUUACUGCCUGGCCUGAACAUGGAGUCCCUGAAACUACAGCACCAUUAAUCCAUUUUGUCAAGCUGAUCCGUGCAAGUCGAGCACAUGAUAACACACCUAUGGUUGUUCACUGCAGCGCUGGAGUUGGAAGAACAGGGGUUUAUAUUGCACUUGAUCACUUAACACAACAUAUAAAUGAUCAUGAUUUUGUGGACAUGUAUGGACUUGUAGCUGAGCUGAGAAGUGAGAGAAUGUGUAUGGUACAGAACCUGGCACAAUAUAUUUUUUUGCAUCAGUGUGUUUUGGACCUAUUGACAAGCAAGGGAAGCAGUCAGUCCAUAUGUUUUGUAAAUUAUUCAGCACUGCAAAAGAUGGACUCUUUGGAUGCCAUGGAAGGUGAUGUGGAACUUGAAUGGGAAGAAACUACCAUGUAAAUAUUUAAAGCAAAGAUUAUUAGGUCUUGAAAACCAAAUAGUAUUUUUCUAAAUGUAGGGGCCAAAACAAAUCCCCUUAUAAUGAAUUAAAAACAAGCAUUUUUUAAAAUGUUGAAAUGGUUCCUUUUCUAUCAAUGUGCCUUCAUAAAUGUGAUAAAUUAUUUUAUGCAAAUCACUAGGCAAUAAAGAUCAGUAAUACUUUUGCCCAGAUUGCAGUUCUGUUGUUAUAUAAAUAACUCAGUAUGUAUUUAAAUUGAAAGUGUGCUCUCAACAAAUGCUCCUUUUCCCCAGUUAUCUUGUAAAAGAUUAAAAAUGAGCCAAAUGUGAAGGAAAAUGUUCAUAUUCCUAACGUGCAUAAUUCAGUGUGAAUUUGAUGUAUUCUUUUGUUUGGUUUUGAGUAAAAGCUUGAAUUCUUUGACUCAGUCAUGUUAGUUUGGCCUCAAGGGUGUUGACAAUUCUUGUGGAUUACUUCCAGUACUGUCACAAUGAUCUUUACCUAAAUGUAUGUUCUUGUGUUUUAAAUCUGCUGUUUUAUGAGUGCUAGGAUAUCAUCUCAUGAUCCUGAACAGCUGAAGAGUCACCCUCUGACACUGCGAAGAUUAUUCAGCUUUUGCACAGCACACAGUAGCUCUUCAGGGAUAGUUGGGGCUAUUUAAGCUAACUUGUGAUCACCCGGUUGUUGUUUUUAAAUGUUGCUAGUGAUUGCACGUUUGAUGAUGAAGAAAG